AUGUCGCUCGCUCCAGGAUGGACAGCCUACAAGGCUGCGGACGGGAAGGAAUAUUUCCACAACGCCACUACGAACCAGACGACCUGGGAUCGACCAACGGCGGCACCAGCGAUCCCGAAGGCGGCUCCGCCGCUGCCAUCGAAGCCUUCAGGGGGAGGCUUUUUCGGAGGCGCCAAAAAGAGCGCCGGCAAGCCCGCCGGCGGUGGUGGUGCGACAGCUUCUCCGCCGCCAGACCUCUUGGCGUCGAUUCGGGGAGGAGCGUCUCUCAAGAAGGCUGAGACGGUCGACAAGAGCAUCGCCCGGGGAGCCGGCACCGUCAGCGGCGGGGGCGACGGCGGGGGCGGCCCGGCGUCCUCCUACUCCGCCCCCGCUCCCGCCCCGACCAGCGGCGGCGGGGGGGGCGGCAUGAUGGGGGAGCUCGCGAACGCGAUGGCCCGGAGGAAGUCUUCGGGGCCGGGGAGGGGAGGGCCGCCUGCCGUGCCGUACUCGGCGCCGGCUCCUGCCGGAGGGCCGGGGGGUAGGUCGCCGCCCCCGUCCAUGCCCGCGCCUAUGCCCGGGCGGGGGAUGGGCGGGAUGCCGAUGCCUGGCGGGCGGGGGGGAGCUGGUGCGCCGGGGAUACCUGCGAAGGCACCCCCGCCGAUCCCCUCGAAGGCAACGAACGGUGCGAGCUCGUGGGGCGGGCCGUCCGCAGCGUCGAGCGCUCCCGCUCCCGCUGCGGGUGCCGGGGGCGGCUACGGCAGCAACGGCGCCGGUUACGGCGGAAACGGUGUCGGUUACGGCGGAAACGGUGUCGGUGCCAGCAGCAGCAGCAGCGCGCGAGGGGGGGUUAGCGAGAGCGACCGGCUGGCCGCGAUCGAGGCGAAGCUGGACAAGAUCAUGCAGCACCUUCGCAUCGCGUGAUUUUUUUUCUUUUUGUUGAGAAAAUAAAUCUUGUUCUUCACCCGUGCGAUCCGAUCGCUUUCUCUCUCUCUCUGGGCCGGGAGGGGAUACGAUAAGAGCAAACGGACCCCCCCUCAUGGAUCGGCCCGCCCGCCCGCCCGACGGAUGCUCGCUGCUAUCCGGCGCGGUGCGAUCCCGCGCGAGCGAGCUAAACUCUGUUUUUUCCUCUGUGGAAAGAGGUGGCCCCACGGACAGGAAAACCAUAUUUUCGUGGUCACAUAUGCAUGCCGGUAGAGUGACGAACGGCACUACCUCUUUUUUUUUUUUUCCUAUUUGUGUUUUUUGUUCUUCUUUUCGUCUCUUUGUGCGAUGUUCUUGGAUGCUUGCCACAUGUCCGCGGCCGCACGGGGGUCAGCUUUUACUUGGCGUGUGUCCAGCGAUAAAAAGACAGAGCAGCAGCAGGUGGUUUCUAGGGUUUACCAAACGACCCUCUUGACUCCUUUUUCCCUUAGCGAAGACUCCAAAAGUUGUAUGUAGCCGUGUGUGACAGUAGAAGGUUUGUCGGCAUAUAGCGCUCCAACUUGCACAGGGGUGGUGGAAGAGGGGUCUUGGUGCAUCGCAAGUUGAGUGUAUCAUAGCUUCUGCUUCAUCAGGCGCGAAGCAUUUUUGGAUGUUUCCGCGCCCGGCGUUGCGGUCGACGUUGUCCUUGGGAGUGACGUCAACCUUGCCAUGGUGUUCCCUAGGAGUCACUGCAGAGGACAUGAGCAGCCACAAUUUGUUGUUGGUACAAGUAUUAUAUGACGGGGGGGGGGCUGUUUUGUUGUGUGGCGUUGAUAAGUUUAGUUGUUUUUGUGCCAUGUCUUGUGGUGUGUGUAGCGUGGGUGUAGCCCCCUCGGGUCGUCGUGAAGACCCCGGUACUUAUUUUAAUCGUGAGUUACGUACGUACUAUAUAGCGAUGGCCCGCUGUUUCCUGCCGCC